UUCUAGAAAAUUCAUGCGUCAGACUUGUUCGGUAUUCCACAUUUCCUCAGUUGAAAAUCAAAAGGGCACUCAUUUGAAGUUUCUUCCCGUCGGAGGUUUAUCUUGAUCGCAGUGUGACCACGUUUCUAUUGUGAGUUUAGAGAAAAUAUUGUCUAAAUUAUUCUGGCAUUUACAAUAUAUUAAGCCAAAAAAAGAAAGAGCUGGGCAAGAGAAAAUAAAGAAUACACUAUUUACAAACUGUAAAAAUACAUUUUUCCAAGUUUAGUACCCUAGAGACAGGUAAUUAUAAAAGAGCUGGAAUAGUAUAUUGCGUACUUAGAUUUGCAGAACGAGUAGAUGUACAAGGUAUUUUCAAGGGCCAUUUUGUAAUUUUAAUAUUUAGCUAAUUUCAAAAAGGAAAUGUUCGUGUUGUAAGUAGUGUAUGUAAAAUAAAUAGAACAUACGUAUUAUUUAUAUAAUGAAAUAAAGUGCCAGAUAGUGGAAAGAUGGCGUCAGGCCAAUAGUUCUCAAGUCGGCGUAUAGUAUUUUUGAACUUCGUAUCAUGAAAUUAAAUGAGAUUUAAUUUUUCAAAUGUAUAGCGAGUUGGCGUCUAAAAUUUGACAAAAAUUAAAGCAAGUAUAUAGGUAGCUACUAGCCAGACAGGCGGUGACGAAGGUAAAAUCGAUAUUACUGCAGCAGGCUACAACAAUCGAAGUUCGAAGUGUUCGUAGCUCGUCGUUUAGCUUUGUUCGUGCAGUUUUGUUAAAUGUAGUUGAUAGUACUCGUUACUUUUCUAUGCACUUCUCCCCCCUAGUAGAAAAAGAUAAGACUUUGGAUAGUUAGAGCAUUUUUCUGGAUAUUUCGUAAUUGCAAAUGUUUGCAAUAUUCAUCUGUUAUUAGAAAAUUAUCGCGUAGGUGUGUAAGUAUAAGGGAUGAGAUUCUCGAGGAUACACUUUUGUAUCUACCUGUUCAUGGAAAAAUUUAUGCUGGCUGUUAUAUAUAGAAAGCCAGAUACAAAUGUAAAGAAAAUUGUAUUGUAUCUAGUCAUGUUUGCCGAUCCAUGAAUAAGCAAAAUUUUCAUACAUCGUGUUCAGUAUUGAUUUGGAAGAGCAACGAACCAAAUGUUAGAUUUUAAGUGUAAAGCUAAAAAACAAAAUCGGCUAUAAAUCUUAAGGUCGUACAUUUUCGUCUUUUUUCCUUUGGAAGAGCUGUGAAUACUUUUUUAUUUGAUUCAUAGGCAUAACAGAAAUAAGAUAAUAUGGUUAAAGAAACUGGUUAUUAUGACCUGUUGGGUGUGAAACCCGACGCCACUAGUGAAGAGUUGAAGAAAGCUUACAGAAAGUUGGCGUUAAAAUAUCAUCCGGACAAAAACCCAAAUGAGGGUGAGCGUUUUAAGGCAAUUUCACAGGCGUAUGAGGUGCUGUCAGAUCGUGAGAAACGACAGAUCUACGAUGAUGGCGGCGAAGCGGCGAUCAAGAAAGGCGGUGCUGACACAAGUGACUUCCGCAGUCCCAUGGACUUCUUUGAGAAGUUCUUUGGACCUGGUUUCGGAGGUGGCGGUCGUCGACGUGAGCGUCGUGGUAAGGAUGUUGUACAUCAGAUGUCCGUUCAGUUGGAAGAAUUGUACAAUGGUGCCACACGCAAGUUGGCAUUGCAGAAGAGUGUGAUUUGCGACAAAUGUGAAGGUCGCGGUGGCAAGAAGGGUGCAAUUGAGAAAUGUAUGCAAUGUCGUGGUAGUGGUGUAGAAACCCGUGUACAACAGAUUGGACCUGGUUUAGUACAACAUACCGAACAAGUUUGUCGUAAAUGUUUGGGAACUGGAGAGAUGAUAUCUGAAAAGGAUCGUUGUAAGCAGUGUAAUGGUAGGAAAACGGUUAGGGAACGUAAAGUAUUGGAAGUGCAUAUAGAGAAAGGUAUGCGAGAUGGACAGAAAAUUAUAUUUAAUGGUGAGGGCGAUCAUGAACCAGAUUCACAACCUGGUGAUAUUAUCAUAUUAUUGGAUGAGAAAGAGCACUCCACGUUUGUGCAUGCCGGUACAGAUUUAAUGAUGAAAAUGCCAAUUCAAUUGGUGGAAGCCCUUUGUGGAUUUGAACGUGUUAUUAAGACACUGGAUGAUCGUGAUCUUGUGAUCCGAUCCAAACCGGGUGACGUUGUCAAACAUGAAAUGACCAAGUGUGUCAUGGAAGAAGGCAUGCCGUUGUAUAAGAACCCGCUGGAGAAAGGUCGCUUGAUCAUUCAAUUCGAAGUAAUCUUCCCCCCUACUAUUCCAUUAACAGUUAUUCCCACACUUGAACAAUGUCUACCCCCAAGGCCAGAAGUAACCAUACCACUUGAUGCUGAGACAGUCGAAUUGGAGGAAUUCGAUCCCAAACAACGACGCCAACAACAGCACCAACGUAUGGCGUAUGAAGAAGAUGAUCGCGGGUAUGAACAAGGACCCAGAAUAGAGCAGUGUUCGUCGAGUUAAGCGAAUACCGCCAACAUCUCCAACAUGCAAAUUAUGUUUAAUCGUUUAAAUAAUCCUACAAAAAUAAGCCGUGAACACGCAGAAGCACUACAUACAAUACUAGAUAAAUUUUGACAAGUCACCAUAGCAGAACAACAACAGCGAACUAACAACAAAGGGUACAUUAACUGGAACGAUUAACAAAGCGCCGGCUGGUUUCCUAAUAUACAUUGUGACUUUGCUGUAGCAAUGUUUUCUUUUUCACAAUCUUCGCCAACAGCACAAGUCCGUAAAAUGAAAAUAUCGCUACUAUAAACAUGUUGUACAUCCCCUUUUUUGGAAAAGUCUCGAUACAAUGUCAUAAACAAGGCGCAUUCCUUAAGGCUAUUCAAUUUCACUUUAGACGAUAAAUUUAAAAUUCAAAAGGAACAAUUAAUUUAAAUGGUUACAUUAACGGCAAAUAUACUAUAACACUUAAA